AUACUUGUCUAAUAAUUCAGUUUCUCCAUUAAAAGCAACAAAGAGGUUUUUUUUCUUUUUUCUUUUUUCUUUUUUUUCCCUUCAAUCAUGUUUUCUCUUCAUUUCUGGUGUUUCAAUUUUCUAAUUCUUCUUUUCUUUCCCUUCAUUUUCAGGUAUGCGGUGGUCACCGAAGCAAACAAGGGGAUUGGACUGGGAAUAUGCAAGCAAUCCUGCCAGUAUUGCUUCUCUGGCAGAUUUCAUCAAAUCACAGUUUGGAAAGCUUGAUAUCUUGUCAACUGGACUCAGAUGCUUACUCAAACACGAGUCAGCUGAAGAAGGCCUCAAGACAAACUACCAUGGUGCCAAAAGAAUGUGUGAAGCACUAAUUCCCCUCCUCCAGUUAUCUGAUUCUCCAAGAAUUGUGGACGUUUCUUCCUCCACAGGAAAGUUAGAGUAUGUAUCAAAUGAAUGGGCAAAAGUAGUCUUAGGUGAUGUCGAAAACCUUACUGAAGAUAGAGUGGAUGAGGUGUUGAGCCAAUACCUGAAAGAUUAUAAAGAGGGUAUCCUGAGUGUUGAAGAAGGUGCUGAAGAUCCGGUUCGAUUGACUUUGCUGCCCCAUGGUGGCCCCUCCGGUCUCUUCUUCGAGCAACUAGUUGAUGUUUUUCCUGUGUUUGUAGCUUGCGAUUCAUCUCAAAUCUCAAAACAAAUUCCAAAAGUACAUUAAUAGUAUGAUGUUGAUCCGAGAAUAAUUAGUCUGUGAUUAUGGUUUUUUUUUGCUUUGGAAACUUUUUCAAAACAUUAAACUGAGCAAACAUGAUGAGAUGAAGACAUGAAGCGUUCACAGAAAGCAGUAUAGGAUUUGAUUAACAAACUCUUUAAUGCAAG